AGUACUCUUUUGUACGUCACUUUAGGUCUACUGUCGAGAUCGGAAAUUCUACGUCAUUUGAGACUGAUAUUUCAUAAAGUUGGUCAGGUUCUAGAAUCUUUAAAUAGAGACAAUUAACAGCACCGUUAAGCAAGUAUAUUAGUGCUAAGAAUAGGUAGUAAUACAGGUUUUACAUAUAUUUUAUUUAGAGUCUUAAUAACGUCAGAAAUUGGUUGUAACCCUCUGAGAAGUUAUUUUCCAAGUUAGUAAUGGGAAACAAAGUUGUCACAUUCACUGAAGAGCAGCUAGACGAUUAUCAGGAUUGCACGUUUUUCACUGGGAAGGAAAUUUUAAGGGUACAGAAAAGAUUCCGAGAAUUAGACCCCCAGAAUGUCCCUCAAGUCAUGACUGGUGAUGAAGCACAUACGGUUGUGGUACCGAUGGAGAAAGUAGAAAAAAUGCCAGAACUUAGGGAGAACCCGUUUCGCCAACGUAUUUGUAAAGUGUUCUCUCAUGAUGGAAGCGGAAACAUGACGUUUGAUGAUUUCUUGGACAUGUUCUCAGUUUUCAGUGAACAGGCACCAAGAGACGUGAAGGUUGUCUAUGCCUUUAAGAUAUAUGAUUUUGAUGGCGACCAGUUUUUGGGGCAUUACGACAUAGAACAGACUUUGAUAAGCCUAACCAGAAAUGAACUGAGUCCAGAAGAAGUAUCUUUGGCCUGCGAGAAGGUUCUGGAAGAGUCUGACGUCGAUGAUGACGGCAAGGUAUCUUUCAUGGAGUUUGAACACGUUAUUUCUCGAGCACCAGACUUUUUGGGGACCUUUCAUAUCAGAAUAUGAGGACGCCCUCUCUUGUCAGUCAACGCCAAACGAGAGUUAUUCUUUCAGCCACUAUAAAAACACGUCACGUGUGUUAUUCAUGAAAAUAUUCUGUUAUGCCGUUGCGAUUUUUUAUCAUGUUUUUGUGGUACUUGUACAUUAAAUAUCCAUGUUACUUGCCAUGUGUUAUUCAUGAAUAUAUUCUGUUAUACCGUUGCGAUUUGUUUUUCGUGUUAUUGAAAUACAUGUACACUAAAUAUCCAUGUUACUUACCAUCUAAUGGCAAAAUUUAUCAGAUGUGGGUACAUUCAAAAUUAAGUUUGCAUGUCAAAGUGAUGGCCGAAGAUGAACUUACUUAUUAUAACCAGUCUGAGUCCACACGCACUCUGCUGUUUGGUGUCGGAUUCUUGAUAACAUGUACAUAACGCUAUCUUUAAGGCUACAUGCAACUUUUUUUUUGUCGUAUAGUGUAGUUUAAAAUAGGCUGUUCAAAUGUUAGGCCUGUAAAGAGAGCAUAAUAUUAUCAUCAGUUAGAACGAGUUACUCCAGUGACUUCAUUUACCAAUAUUUUGUUAAAGUAGUAACAGCCAGUCAGCAGUACGACCAGUGGGGCAGGGAUAAGGUUAUCGAGGGGAAACUAUUGCUCCCCCUAGAUUUGUGUAGAGAAAGCAAGCGGCACGGGUCACCCUCAAAUAGAGGAAUUCCGACUGAGACCAAAACAACAAUGAAAUUCCCAAUUUUAGUGAUUCUAGUCUUGUAUAAGCAUAGUGCCACAAGUUACUGAAUAACAACUGACAACUUCAGGUUCGUUGUAAGUCCCCAAGGACAAACUUAUUUUGUAUUCAUUUGUAGUAAAUAUAUCGAAAUAUGUUAAAUGAUUAUUCUGUUACGAAAAUAGAUUACAGUAAUUGGAGUGUGUUUUUCUUCAUAUUUUCCACACGGUAUUGUAAACGAAUAAAUUUUGUCUUAAAUACACGAUAUUAUUAACCAAUA